GCGAGUGUUUUGAAAAUUUGUGAAGGCCUCCCUUCUCGCCUGUGCGUCUUUACGCAUUUCUGUUCAUGCGCAAUUUUUUUGAAGUAGGGACUACACAUAAUAUGUGCGACAUGCAGGUACACGUUUUAUACAUGCGGAUGGCGAAACUAAUUGUGAACAUUCCUCUCUGCAGUGCACACCAUUUUUCAGGCGAACGACGCGAGUCCCUUUGUUCGGCAAAAAGCGCUAUAUAGCGUACCAACAGUCGGAGCUCCUAGCCCAAGGCAGGGCUGCAAAUGUGUCAGAUAAAGACGAAGCGGUAAGAAGCGGUAAGAAGCGGUCAAGUGAAAAGUCACAAAUUAACUGAAAUCACGGAAACCACCCCCGAGCAACCCUGAUGAAUAGGAGCAAACCAAAAAGCAAAAAGAAAAAGGGCAUCAAGGGCAAAGACAGUAAGACGAAGAAGCUAUCAAAUGAAGAGGUCGAAAAUUUAGUCAAAAUACAAAGGGAGGAACUGAUCAGGGCAGUUCAAAGGAAGCGCCUGCUGGAGAGCAGAUUGGAAGAAAAGAAAAGCGAACUGGAGCGCUUCAAAAAGGAGUACCAUGAAUUGAAAAGCAAAUUAGACUUCCUCAGCGAGGGCUGCGAAAAGUAUGGAGAAAAGACCAAGGAAGAACCAAAGGUGAUUAAAAACAAAUCAGUGUUUUACAAUUUUCAAAAUGCAGAGGAGUUAAAAAAGCUGGACAAGGAAAAGGAAGAUAUAAAAACCAUGAUUGGGGAGAAACACGAGCAGACGAUGAAUAACUUGGUGAACUUCAUAGAUCAGCAACGAGUCAACUUGGACCACGUGAAAAACAGAAACUUCGAGGAAAUAGACCACCUGAAUGCGGCCUUCGAUUUGAAACUAAAGAACAUGGAGCAACUAUUCAAAAAAUACUUGGAAGAAUACGAACACGACAUGAAAGACGAAAUGGAUGAAAUGAUUGAUAAUUACAACGUAAUCGAAAGGAACGAAAUAAUUUAUUUAAACAACCUGUACAAUGAUCACAUUAACAGCAUUAAUGAAAUCCAUGUCGACAUGCUUCAAAAAUGUAAAAAUUAUUAUAUAGAAAAAAUCAAGGAAAAUAUUGGUAAAAUAAAAUCACUCAAGAGUAACAUUAACGAGUUGGACGAGAGGGACCGGGAAAUAAAAAACAACCUCAGCGUCCACAGUAGCCAGAAUUUGGACAUGACGGAGAAAAUAGGCACCUUGGAGGUUAAGAGGUACAGUAGCGGGUUGUACAAAAAUGCGCGUGCGGAGGGCAAUUCCAACCGGCUGAGGGAAAACCUCAACAAGGACCUGAAAUUUUACUCCAAAGACUUUGUAAUCUUCAAAAACUUGGAGCUAAUUUAUAACGAAAGUAAUAUGUACAUAAAAAAUUUAAGAGAGUUUGCUCAGAACUCGAAGGAGAAAAUUUCUCAAGUGGAGGAGGCGUUUGGGGAACUCCCACAAGGGGAAGACCAAAAUGAGGAUGCUUAUUUUGAAGGCUAUUUUGAAGAAAUAAAAAAUAAAAAUAGGGUAUUAAAAAAAAUGGUACAAAACAUUGACCUCGACAUGGACGCAGUGAACAAGGAGUUAAAUUCCUACAUAAACAGACAUCAUGUGAAGGAUAACGAUGUACAAAAGGUGCGGCAAGGAAUAAACUUCUGCAUGCAAACUUACAACAAGGAGUUUGACAAUCUGCUGUACACGGAAAAGCGGGUGAAAAAAAAAAUCAAAGACACUUCCAAUGUGUACGAGAAAAAAUUGCGCGACAUAAAUGUGAAGCAGGGCGGUUAG